GUGUCCGGGAAAAGCUGCUAUCGGCGGAAGUGGGAGAAAAAAAAAAAGAGACACCGGAAGCGUGAAAGAAGGAAGUGGCUGACACCGGCUGGCCCCUGUGUGUAACCGAGAGAGUCCUCCCAGGGGUUAACAUCACAGAGAGGGGAGCGGAAGAGAGAGGCGGACGGGAAAUACCGAGAAGGGGGUCCGGGGACACAGAGGGCGCGUCACUGCCUGCUGCAGGCCCCGAGCCUGUUGUCCGGUCACAUUGAUAGACGUCACCGGAGCGGCCACAGAGGAGCCCGGCUAACCCCGUCCCUGCCUGUGUGAGAGUUGCAAGGUGGAUGAAAAUGGCACAGGAGACGAACCACAAUCAGGCGCCGCUGCUUUGUUCCAAUGGCUGUGGAUUUUAUGGUAACCCACGUACCAAUGGCCUCUGUUCGGUAUGCUACAAAGAACAUCUACAGAGACAGAACAGCAGCGGUGGCAGGAGCAGUCCACCAGUGCUGUCAAUGGGGAGCGGGGUGGAGGUUCCCUCCUUACAACAGACUGUCGCACCUCCGGUAUCUGAACCAGAAGAGUCUGUGUUGCCACAAGCACAAGCAAGUUCCUUGCCACUCCCAGAAUCGGUGUCCUCUUCACCAGCUGAAACCACAGAGGACAGAACUUCUGAAACAAAAGAUCCACCAGCUUCCCCAUCAGACAGUGCACAAAAUUCCUCUGAAGAGCAGGCAAGCUCUCCUGUAAAAGCCAAGCUAAAAAAGAAUCGUUGCAAUAUGUGCCGCAAAAAAGUUGGACUUACGGGAUUUGAAUGCCGGUGUGGAAAUGUAUUUUGUGGAACCCACCGCUAUUCUGAUGUCCACAGUUGUUCCUUUGACUACAAAGCAGAAGCAGCUGCAAAGAUCAGGAAAGAAAACCCCGUCGUGGUGGGAGAAAAGAUCCAGAAAAUCUGAAGAGGAGAAGAUCUGUGUCCCAAUCGACACCAUCUCUGUGGACAACUCUGGGACACAUCCUUUUAGUCCACCUGGGCAUUUGGAUCCAGGGACACAGCUACUCUAGCUUCAAUUUUUUCUUUUUUUUUUUUCCCCCCUUUCUUACUGCAGCUUUCCCUGAUUCUUGACAGUUGAAACCAGGAUAAAACCGGAAACAAACUGAGUAAAGUCAUUAAACCCUCUCCAGAUGUUUCCAUCCUUAGCAGUCAGCCUAGUUUCUUCUCUUAAGAGGGACAGAUGAUGUGAUGGAGCAUGUUCUCCUCUCUGGAACGGCUCGGGUUUUACACCUCUAGAUUCAAGCUCCUGACUCCAUAAUCCAUUGUAUUUAUCCUGAUGCAAACGGAUCAGCAUUUUAUUGGACCAAUUUAAUUAUGUAUGUCUGAGCUCUGGAGAAGUGUCCUUUUUCAUCAGAGGAGCGUGCUCGAAGAACAUCUUUUGUGUGAUUGUGUGGAUGAUUACAAAUAUCUUUAAUUAUAGAAAAGAAAAAAAACUGAA